AUGGGGGAGACCCCGGCACGGUGGAGAAGAGCCCCGGAGGCAGCGCAGGACUCCCGGGGGAUGGAGAGCACCGGGAUGCUUUUAUCCCGAAGCGCCGCUGCCGAGCUGGGACUCCCGGGCUACCCGGAGCCCGGCAAGCUGAGCUACGGCAUGGAGAAAGGAUGUCCCUGGAGGAGCUCCGAGGGAUGUUUGGGACCCGUCCGGGGCUGCCCCUACCCACCGGCCCCGCCGUGCCUGCGGGACGCCCUGUGCCGCCCCAAGGACGGAGCCGAGCUCCCCCCGCUGCUGCCCCCCAGGAACGGGCAGCCCAAGGCAGGCUGGGGGGAGCCCUGCAAGGAGCGCCCGGGGCCGCGCUGGGCCGAGGCCGUGCUGGCCCCGCUGGCCCUUUACAGUCACGCGUACCACCGCUACCCCCUGCCCGUGCCGGGGCUGGACACUCCGCGCCCCGGCACCGCCGGCAAGCCUCGCACCGCGGCGGGGGACACGGCCGGAGACCCCCCGGCUUUCCGUCACUGCCCCUUCCUCGUGGAGGCCAAGCACAGCCCCUUCCUGCUGUCCUCGCUGCUGCCCACCGGACCCCCGGCUGAGCCCCCGUUCGGCGGCCCGGGGACCGAGGGGCCGGGGCCGAUGGGGGACGGGCGGUUUCCCGGCCCGGACUGGCGUUUGGGCUCCUACGCGCCCGCCUGGGGACAGCCCCUCUACCUGGGGGUCCCGCCGAGGUGCAAGGCGGCUCUGACCCCCUUCGACGACUACUCCAGCUCAGGGAACAAGGAGUUCUACGGCAAGAAAGAGCCCGGGUUCCACUCCUCGACCAAGAACCACGCGGCGUCGCAGCUGCUGGGCAAGAGCCAAGCAGGGCAGGACAGAGACGGGGAGGGGGAGCCGGCGCUGCCGGAGCUGCCGGGAGCCCCGUGGAGGGAUGGCCGGGCGGGGGGCAGCUCGGCGGUGCCCGCUCCCCAUCCCCGCACGCCUCCCCCCAGCGCCAGCCACCCCGUCCUCCUCCUGCAGCGCGGCUCGGGGGGCUGCGGAGGGCCCUGGGUGGGCGCACGGCCCCACGGCGCCGAUUUUUCCAUGGACGCGGCGCCGGGCCGGCCCUCGGAGCCCAAAGAUGAGCGCCUGGGCUACCAAAGCGCCCAGCCCGGCUCGCCCCCGGCAUGCGGGGAGCCCAACCCGUCGCCUCUGCUGGCGGACGGGCACUACCCAGCGGCUCUGGCCAAGCCGGAGCCUCCCCCGGGCUGUCUGUGCCCCACCCCGGGCUGCGAUGGGUGCCCGGGGGUGGGCUGCGGGGUGCCCAACCCCUUCGAGCCCACCCUGGGCAUGGCCGGGGGGCGUUUUCCAUGCCCCCCCAGCAACCACACCAAGCUGAAGAAGACGUGGCUGACGCGGCACUCGGAGCAGUCGCUGCCUCGCUCCAAAGCUUCCCGGCGGGAUGGGGGUCCCGAGCCCCCCGGGGAGGGCAAGCGCUCGGCCAAACGCCCCCACGGCACCGCCGAUGGUCCCCGCGCUGCUGGCGAGGGCGCCGGGGCAGCCAAGAGGGGCACCAAGGCCACCGCGGGCCCGGGUGAUGGCACGGAGAGAGCGGGGGACACCGAGGAGAGGAGGAUGGAGCUGGGAGACGGAGAGCCGCCGAGGAGUGCGGGAGAGCCGUGGUGCCUGCAGGGCCUGCCCUGCACCGUGCUGCCCCCGAGCAUCCCCCGCUGCUGUGCCUGUGCCCCCCGCGCCGGGGGGGACCCCGAGGGAGAGGAGGAUGAGGAGGAGCCCCCCGAGAACACCUGCAGGCUGAUGCACUUCCGCAGGUUCGCCCUGGGUGACAACGGGGAGCUGAGCGUUGACGGCCUCUGCACCCUGGGGGAGGCCGAGGGGGAGCUAGAGCUGGGGGCCAGGAACGUGGGGAGCAGGAACGUGGGGAGCAGGAACGUGGGGAGCAGUCUCUGCCUGGCCAAGUACCUGCUGCAGGUCCUGGGGGACCCUUUCUGCGACGCCGUGCGCAGGGACAGGGACACGUGGCCGGGAGCCCCUGGCGGGCCCGAGGGGGUGACGGGCUGGAGGCGGGCGGAAGGAGCCCCCCGGCUCUGUGACGCCUGCCAGCGUGGCUUCUUCAACUCCCACUGGAGCUGCGCCAGAUGUGGCUUCCAGCUGUGCCCCGACUGCCACCGCAGCAGGAGGGAGGACGGUGGCCCUGGGGGUCCGGUGAUGCCACCCGAGUGCACCCCCGGGCGGGACCACCACGCGUCUUCCCUGGUCCCCACGCAGUUUGUCCCCACCUGUGUCCUGACGCGCCUCUGGAAGCUCCUGCACGAGGUCAGGGUCAAGUUUGGCAUCGAGUCCCACUGUCCCUGCGGGGAGGGGAGCCUGGCGGAGCCCCCGGGCAGGCAGGAGCCGCCGGGGGCCGCGGUGCCCACCCUGCCACCCCGCAGCCACGGCCCAGCCGACCCCGCCCGGCCCAUCAAGGAAGAGAGCCCCGAGGUGGGGCCGCCGUCCCCGGGGCAGCCCCCGGCGCGGGGGGGGGCCGUGCAGACCACCACCCUCUGCGACCUCCUGGCCUCCACCGCCGUGAAGCUGUGCCUGGGGCAGGACGGGGUGCGCAUGGCCUUCGCCCCCGUGGCACCUGCCCUGCCCAGCGACAAUCGCCUGACCAGCAUCCUGGACAGCAUCAUCGCCCGAGUGGUGGAGAAGAAGAUCCAGGAGAGGCAGGCGGGGGCCGAGCUGAGCCCCCCCAGCUCCCCGGACCCCCCCGCGUCCCACUGCGUCCUGGCCCCCAGCGGGCUGCUCUGGCUGCACGAUCCCGGCCACGCCAGCACCUACAAAGUGUUCCAGGAGCACUGGCGGCAGGGCCAGCCUGUCCUGGUUUCAGGGCUGCAGAAGAGGCUGGAGGGGCGGCUCUGGGCGCCCGAAUCCUUCCAGCCCUCGGGGGAGGAAGAGGAGGAGGUGGAGGCUGUGAACCUGCGGGCACCGCGGAGCCGAGUCCGCAUGAGCAGCCGGGAGUUUUGGGAUGGCUUUGCCGCCAGCACAGCGUCCCCGGAGCAGGAGCAGAGCAGCGGGGACCUGCUGCAGCUGGAGAGCGGCUUUGGGGACACGGAGCUGAGCCGGACCACCAACCUGCGGGCCAGCCUGCCCCUGCCCGAGUACUGCGGGGCCAGCGGCCGCCUCAACCUGGCCACCUACCUGCGGGGCCAGCGGGGCCAGCGGGGCCAGCGCUGGCUGCGCCCGCGACUCCGCGUGGCCUACGGAGUGCGUCCGCAGGAGCGGAACAUCGGGACCAAAAACCUGACGGUGGAAGCGGCCGAUUCCAUCAGCGUCCUGACCCACGCAGCGCCGGCAGCGCGGGAGGUGCUCCUGCCAGGGGACACGGAUGAGCUGGACGCGGCGCUGCGGGAGCGGCUGAGGGACAGCGGCCGGCCCGGGGUCCUGUGGCACAUCUUCCGUGCCGAGGAUGCCGGGCGGAUCCGGGAUUUCCUGCGGAAGGUGCAGAGCCUCAGCGGCACCAUCAGCGUGGAGCAGCAAUUCCUGUCCCCGGAGAGCGCCGUCCGCCUCCGCCACCUCGGCCCCGAGCCCGCCGGGACCCCGCGCCAGCUCCGCGCCCAGCUGGACGGGAUGAUCUUCGCCGCCGUGCGGGAGGCCCUGGGGGUCCUGCGGGGCUGCAAUUGAGGCCACGGA